CCGACAACCAUCCAGAGCACACACACUACUAUUUAAUCGAAUAAUCGGCUCUCUCUUUGUUGCCGCAGUAGACUUGCUUGACGGCGUCCAUGGACUCCGAGAUUGAUACCAAAUUAAGCAUAUACAAGGCGGCAAGAUCCAUAAAGCGAAGAGACAACACUCUCUACAACGCUUUAAGAUCGAUAUACGAGGACUCCACAUUCGUCGGGGAGAUCUCACAGCUAUGGCCCGAACUCCCUCUUCUGGCCAAUCUCCGUUGCGGCUUUUGGUACUAUCCCAAAUUCGAUGCUACUUGUUACUUCAAGUCCACCGAUGGUCACACCAAUAAUUGGUCCUUCAAUACGUCUCGCCUCAACCUCCAUGUCGCUCAGCUUGCCGGACAGAAGGGAGGGUGUAUUAUUGUGGAUUCAACUCGAAGAGGAAAGCGGUUCCCUGACAGCAUGUCAAAAACCAUACCCAGUUGGACCUGUGUUUUGAAUCGUGCCAUUCUAAAUCAUAAAAACAGAAACCGGAGCAAUGGUUCAUUGGAGAAGGCGUCAAGUACGUGUCAUCAACAUAGUGAAUGUUCAGGCCUAGUGUCUUGUGACUGGGAUUCUUCUUUGCAUCUUCCCCUUUGGGUUUCUGCAACAGAGAGAGCAGCCAUUGAGGAUAGGUUAGAAGAAUGGACCAGACAGCUGGAAGCCUGUGGAGCUGAUAUUGCCUCUCUGGUGUCAUGCUUAAGGAAGCCUUUACGUCCUCUAUGGAUCUCGCAAAAAACUGUUAUUUGGUUAAAUGAAGUACCUGGUCUUGAUUCCUGGGACUUCACUCCAAUCAUACUUGUUUCUGCAUCCUCCUCUGUUGGCAUAAGUCAACACAAGACUACCUCGGAGUUCAGUUGGAAUUAUAUACCAGGAGCUGGUGAUGAUGAAGAAAGCUGGGCAAGAGGUCUGUCACCUCAUCAUUUCUGGAAACAGGCCUAUGAUCUUAUAAGUUCGGGCCCCGAUGUGUGUAACCAGAAGGUGGCUGAUAUAAUUGAAAGGGACAGAGUAUAUCGUGCUCAAAGGGGGCAGAGUGCUCCUCAAGUCAGCAUCAAGCCUGCAAAGCUAGCGAACAUGGCCUGUGUGUCUAAUGUAGAACCUCCAUUAUCUUUGGAAAUACAUGAUUCUAAAACUGAUAUGAGGUCUUCAGAUUCAAAUUGCAAGGCAUCUUGGCUUGGCUCAACUAAUCUUGCAGUGGGCACAACUCAACUUGCUGCAGCUGCUGCUGCUGCUGCAUGUAUCUCUGAUUUUGCUUGCAUUUUGAAUUGCGAUCAAGAAUCUGCCUCCGUCGUUCUUCCCACUGCCGAAGCAUACUUGCACCUUCCUAUGGUGAACUCAAAAAUGGACCGCUUUUCCUUGUCAAAAAAUCUACCAUCUGCUAUUGAAUUUGCAAAACUGACUCUUGAGAAAGGGAAGAAACUCUUAGUUUGUUGCCGUGAUGGUGAAGACAUAAGUGUGUGUGUUUGUCUAGCAAUUUUGGCUUCUUUAUUCGAUGGUGAAGGUAGUUACCUUAUAAGUACUAAAAUAAAAAAAGAGAAUUUUGCGAAGUCAUUCUUGAUGCUUAAAGAAAGCAUGACAAAAUGUCAACUUCUGGAUUCUCUACUCUCUAGUAAUGAACCUUUGAUAAUGGAAAAUCUUUCAACAUCGCAAAAAUCACCAAAUGGGAGAUGCGGCGACGUCUUGUAUAUCUCUGUAAAUUUGCAACCAGCGCACGGCCAUCCAGGGGAAACCUGAAACAGGUCUUUAGUUUCCUUAGUGGCGGAAGAGUUGGUUCACCACAAUUUUGAUUUACCAUUUAUAGUCACCGUAACUCUUGGACCGUGCGGCAUAUCUUCUCAGGAGGAAGCCAUAGGUAUCCUCUUUGUACCAUAACUAUAAGGCAUAGACGACAAUAAGACGGAUAUGUGUCCUCUCAUCUCUACAAAGCAUGGACAAUAAGAAGGAAGACAUGCAGUUUAUUUACACAAAAACAUUAUGUAGACUCCAAAUGGUAUUUUUUUUUACCCAUUAGUUCAUCAUGCAUACUAUUUCUAUUAAGGAAUUACAAUUCUGAAGAAGUUUCUGUAUCACUGUUGUUCCAUUGAAAUAUCUACGCAUUCUUUUGUGUAAGAGAUUAAGAGUUUGGUUUGGUUUGGUUGAAUAAGCAUUUACUUCAAGAGUAA